AUGAUCGUCAGCCACUUCUCUGCGGGGAAGACGAGGAGAAGGAGGAGGAAAGAGGGGGAGGAGGAGGAGGAGGAGGAGGAGGAGGAGGAUCGUCUCAGACUGUCAGACCUCUCAGCAAAAGGAGCUGCUCGCAGCUCAACGCCACCGCUGCUGCCGCAGCUGGGACGAUGCCGAGCCACAGGCCGUCCGCACGCCGCCCGGCCACGCGGGGCUCGCCGAGCGUCGGCUCCGGCCGGGCGCGUCCUCCCGCAGGCGGCUUCUGGUAUCCUCCGCGGGUGUCCUCCUCGUGGAGGGGCCCUCUGA